AUGGCGAUAAACGCAAACUUUCAAGACCCAACUCGUCUGUUCCAAGAGUUAUAUUCACAGCUAAGCUUUCCUUCUUCUGAAAUUCCAAAUGAAAAGGUGCAGAUGGUCCUUCUCAGACUGAAAGAUUUGGGUCCUGAGCACCUGGAAAAGUUACUUGCCUUUUUAUUUCUGAAAAUUGAGGAGAAUGAGGAAAAUGAAGUUGUCUUGUGUUGGCUUAUUGGGGUCUUGGAAGUCUUAGUGAAGUCUGACCUGCCUUCAAUGACUCCUGGUGUGAUGAUAGACUUGCAGCAUGCUCUGUGGCCAUGGCUUCAGAACCCCAGCUUCAAGGUUAAAGAAGCGAUGGCCAAGCUGGUGCUCACCCUGGGGAAAGGGGGACACCUGUGUACAGACAGUGCGAUAGUUUUAAUCCGCUUCCUCAUAGAUGAAUGUGUGAAGCCAUCGGAUAACUCAACUUCAGAUGAGAUGGAAUCUAAAGAUGAAAGAAAAAAACUGAAAAAAUCAUGUCUGGAAAUCUUGGCUGACUGUGUCCAUAAUCCCUCCAUGGCUAAGCUUAUGUGGCCAAUGCUCCUGGAAUACAUAGCCCCAGAUCAAUAUGCCAGCAUCUCCCUCAUCCUUAGCUUUGUGCUCUACUUGGCUGAGAGGCUUCAACAUGAAGAUCGCGAUGCCCUGGACAUCAACUAUUCCGACUGUGUGCUAGGAACUAUUAUUAUGCCUACUGCAAAUAGAAGAACUCCAACACCUCAAUUCCUCCUCUUGCAACUCAUGAUACUCUCCUAUUCUAAUCAGGUGAACAUAAAAAUUCGGAAAACUGCCCUUCGGAUCCUUUCAAUUCUCCACCACCAGAUUAGCAAGCAGCUGGGGAAGGAAUGGGUUCUGAAGAUUGAGACUCUGCUCAGCUACCUGGAAGGUGAAGAAGUAUGCUAUCAGAAAUUCUGGGAGGAUAACAUAUUUCUGUUUCUUGAGUAUACACUCCAAUGUAUAACAAAGCAGAAAUGGAUUAUUCACUUCCUGGAGGAUAUCAUUGCUCAACUGCGUCUUGGGCAAGGAACCCCAAAUGAGAAGAGUUUUCUCUACCAGUCUUGGGGAAUUGCUCAGAAGUUAGUAGACUGUAAAAGUAGUGAGGACCAUCUUUGGACUUGCCUUGAAUCCAUAAACUGCAAAGAAAAGGAAGAAUGUGAGGGAUUUGCUCAUGGAGUGGGAAUCUGGGCUUCCGGCCACCUCCAGGAGGCACUAGAUAACUUGGAAAGGAUGGCAAUGCUUAUUGACAAACUGCAUAAUGGAAAGAUGCUGUACUACUUGGAGGUUCCUACAUGCAAGGAAAUGACUCAGCUCCUACUUCACAGUUAUCAGAAGGUACUUCUACUAGUCCCCAAAGAACAGCUGCUUCCUAUUGUGGAAAAUGAAAUUGUUGAAAAGGUAGUCAACUGCUUCAAUACCAGCUGCCCUGAUGUACAGAUCAGGAGAGAAUUUAUUGAGUCUGUCCUGAUGGCUGGAGAAAUAAUGGCCCAGGGAAAGGGAUUUUUUUUCAAAACUCAUUUGAGAAGGGCAGCAACCAAUCAUCUGUUGCAAAUACUGGCAGUAGAGUCCAAGGAAGACUCAGACACUUCAAUCUGCUCAGAUAUUAUGACAGCUCUAUCUUACUUGGGGGAACUGUACCCACCCCUAAAUGAGGAAGAGAUAGAUUUGGUCAUCAGUUGCUGCCUUAAAUGUGUGUUCUCAAUGCCUCCCAGAAAUGAGUCAUUGAAAGGAAAAUCACCUCUCAGGACAUCCAUGAAAUCCUUGUGCCAGAAAAAAAUUGAAGCCUUGGAUAAUGUCAUCAUGACCAUUCUGGAGAGUCAACCCACACCAGAAAUUACAUUCAGGAUAUUCAAACACCUUUCCAAGUGGUUGGGAUCAGAGAAGUCGGUGCUGCGCAUGGGAGCCAUGAGAUUAAGUCAGCUGCUCUUCACUUUCUAUUACACGUCUGAGGAAGUCCGACUUCUCCCAUGUCUGGGCUUCUUUGCUGGGGCCCUGGUUCCCCGAUGCUUUGACCAACUGCCAUCCAUCAGGAACUGGGCUUCUAAAACUCUAGCCUCUGUACUUCAAGGAAAUCAGAAUAAUAUAUUUUCAGGACCCUCAGAAAUUGAAGGCUACAACCUGAAGACCGACGCCCAAGAAGUUGAGGCUUCUAACAUCAUCCCCAUCGACAUCGCUAGGCUCAUUUUUAAUCAUCUGCCACUUCAGGAGCUAUUGACCUUUCUGUAUACCACCUCUGAUGGAAUAAUAGAGAGAGUCACUUGCCCCAGGUCGAUUGUGUUUGUACUGAGGAUGGUGGUAGAAUCCUUUGGAGCCAGAGUCAAAGAUGAGAUCCCAGGUCUCCUUACUAUUCUGGUGGAAAUGUUGCAUUCUUUAAAGGAUGAAUUAGUACGAAGAGAACUUACAGCUACAGUCCAACAGUUGACUAAGUUAGCUCCAAGAACUGUGGUACCCUGCCUCCUGAAAAACCCACUUCCAUAUGACAAGGAUAUCAGAGAACUUUGGAGGCUACUUGGCAAUGAUGCAUGCCUUGCCAUCUUGGUGUUACCUGUUCUCCUCCACUGUAACAGGGGCCAGAAAAAAGAGACUAAGUUAUGGCUUAAAUCUCAGGAACCAAUUGCUCCAUUUCCCAAGGAAACACAAGCCCUAUGGGAGGUCACUGCUGCACUGGAGUUUAAGGAAAUUCUGGAAGGAUUAGAAGAUAAACUUUUCACCACCUAUUUCCUCUCCCUUCCACAGUUAAGUAAGAUGCAAGUUUCUGAAUCCAAGAUCCAGAGCCCCAGUGAGCUAGCCUCAUAUAGCUCCAUGGAGGCUGGAUUUAAGAACUUUCUGGAACUCAAGGGAUUCCACAGUGCUGUGGUUCAAAUGGAAAAUACACAAGUUUGGAAGUUCCUUCAGAAUGCCCAGUUUGUACACAUUGGAGUGACUCAUUUGUGCAGAUCUUUGGUCCAGUACCCUGAGAUCUUAAAUCGCAAUGUGCUACAUAAUCUUUUGCCUUAUCUUAAGUCAGCUGAAAAUGAAUACAGAAUGGUCUGCACUGCCCUGUUUUCAGAGCUUUUAGGUUGCCAGGAGAUGGGGAUGCUGGAGAAAAACUCAAUGAAUUCAGCACUGAAGUUAGAAAUAGAAAGAACCCAAGAUGUCAAUCCUGUUAUCAGAUUCCUGGCAGUAAGAGCAUUAGGAAAUGCUCUUGUGGGGUUACCCAAGGAGACACCUAAAUGCAAGAAGAUAAUUUUUAAGGUCCUUACAGAAACUCUAUGCUGGGCCUGUGACCCAUAUAUUAUUGAAGAAACACUGAUUGUGCUCGCAAAAUUUAUCCCCUACUUGAAGACUUUGAAGAGGUUCACUGUUCUUCAGUUAGUUCUCCAAAUCAGAGCAUUACUGCGAGAUGAGGUGACCACCAUACGUCUGGCUGCUGUCACUCUUUAUGGACUCCUGCUCUCUUUUGCCAAUAAAAAGCCUGUGUUUGUGGAUCAAGUAGAGAAAAGCUUGGGUUCACUUCUGAUCCUUCUUAAAGACAAUGACCCCCGAAUAGUUAAAAGUUCCAGAAUUGUGCUUAGGGAUUGCUCUUCAUUCCUCCACUCAGAGCCACUUAAGGAAUUCCUAAAGAAUCUUCAACCUGAGGGAGAAAUCAACUUCCCCCAAUUUUAUGGCAAAGUGUACGAUCUCCUGAUGGAGGAGUACUCAGAAAAAGAAGAUGAAACGUUUUUUUCAAAAGCAGCAUCAGCCUCUGAGAUACGCUGUUUCAUGGAGGAACAGGAUAUGAAAAUCAGCACAUCUGGGACCCCCAAGGAGUUCUUGCACCUGUAA